AUGUCGAUCCUGAGGCUUUUCUCGAAGCAGCCCCCAGUUCAUUCCACGGCUGGGGCCGUCCCAGUUUACAAUGAGAAAGGGGAGAUUUCAAUGGAGAAAGUGAAGGUGAUACGUUACGUGUCGGGGAAGAGACCAGUCUACGCCCCUAAGGUGUCCUCAGAUGAGGAGGAUGAGGAAUUUCAAUUCCUUAAGAAAGCCAAGGAGCAAGAAGAAGCAGAGCCCGAGGAACAGGAAGAGGAUUCACCCAGCGAUCCCCGGCUUCGGCGUUUACAAAAGCGCAUUAAGGAAGAUGCGGAAGAAAGGUUGGCCCGGCAUCGGGAAAUAAUAGAGCCUGAAGUGAUAGGAAAAAGCGAUUCUGAAGAAGCAGGAGAUGCAAGACAAGUGGAGCGAGAGGACAGUGGGGAGGAAGAGGAGAAAGAAAUUGAUGAGGAGGAAAUUGAGUGGCGGCGGGACCUGAUGCGAAAGCGAGCACAGGAAAGGAAAAAUGAAGAAAUUGAAGUCAUGGAAGUGGAAGAUGAAGAGCAUUCUGGGGAGGAAUCCGACUCAGAAUCGGAGUAUGAAGAAUAUACGGAGAGUGAGGAUGAAAUGGAAGCCCGUCUCAAGCCAGUCUUCACUCGAAAGAAGGACCGGUUAACAGUUAAAGAGCGUGAGGCGGAAGCACGGAAGCAGAAGGAGUGGGAGAAGGAGGCAAAACAUCUGGCUGAGGAGAGACGCAAGUAUACUCUCAAGAUCGUGGAAGAGGAGACAAAGAAAGAACUAAGGGUAAACAAACGUUCCUUGGCUGCCCUAGAUGCGCUCAAUACAGAUGACGAGAACGAUGAGGAGGCAUAUGAGGCAUGGAAAGUUCGGGAGCUAAAAAGAAUCAAACGGGACAGAGAGGAUCGAAUAGCGAGGGAGAAGGAGAAAGCAGAGAUUGAACAUAUGCGAAACCUGCCGGAAGAGGAAAGACGAGCUGAACUCCAAGCAAAUGGCAAAGUUAUUACCAACAAAGCUGUCAAGGGCAAAUACAAGUUCUUGCAGAAGUACUAUCACCGAGGUGCUUUCUUUAUGGAUAAAGAGGAAGAAAUAUACAAGAGAGAUUUCAAUGUUCCCACCCUGGAGGAUCAUUUCAAUAAGGCAAUUCUUCCCAAAAUUAUGCAGGUCAAGAACUUUGGACGAUCAGGCAGAACCAAAUAUACCCAUCUUGUGGAUCAAGAUACCACUUCCUUUGAUUCAGCUUGGGGUCAAGAGAGUGCCCAAAAUGCCAGGUUCUUCAGAGAAAAAGCAGCUGGGGUACGAAAUGUAUUUGAAAGGCCAUCUGCCAAGAAGAGGAAAACUACUUAG